GUUCCCUCAUCCUUCUCCCAGGAUGUGAAUGUGAAUGCUUGCAGACAGAGAGAGGGCCACUGGGCAUGGGCAGAGUGCCAGCCCCCCUGGGUAAUUUUAACCCCCUUCCUUCCUCCCCUGCAGAUGCUGCCUCUACAACGGAUCUGGGCCACCAGCGUCAGCUACUCCUCUCAGCCCUGGAGCAUCCAGGGGUCCUGCCUGUCCCACACCUCCUCACCUUCCAGUUCCUUCUGUGCCAUCUGGGCAAAGUGGCUGCCCACGCUGAGAGCAGCGGGCUCUGCCCACGGGUAUUGGGGGAAAUCUUCGGGCCUCUCCUGCUUGGUGUGGGCCCAGCCGCCAGCGCUGAGGUGACCCCUGAGUUCCCUGUCCUCUUCCUGCAGACACUUCUGCAGACCAAAGACCCAGAGGCAGACUUGCCCCCUCCAG